AUGGAGUCGAUUGUCCGCACCAUCAGCGAGCUGCCUGCCGCCAACGCGGUCACCUCUGCCUUUUCCAAGAUGCUCUCGAACGGAGUAUCCAUUGAGGAUAUCAAGAACAUCCCCCCUGCCAAGAUUGGCGCCGCCGCCCUGGCCUAUGUCAUUCUGUGCUCAUCGCUGCGCUUCCGACGCAUGCGGCGCAUGAAGAAGAAGCUCAACAACCCUGACCGCAAGGCUCUGGCAAAAAUGACCAAUGUCGAGGCCCAAAGUAUCAUAGGCGAGCUGUACCAAUAUGAAUUCCCCCUAGUGUUCUUGAAAUCGCUGCAAUUCGCCCUCUUCAAGACCUACGCCAUCCCAACAAUCUCCAGCCUGCUCGUGGCUACUCGCAUGUUCAGUACCCCGGCCAGUGCUAGCAAGCGAUACGAGGACACCACCGUCUUGAUUGGCGAGUUCCUAUUCCAGGACCCUCGCAAGAGCAGGACGGUGGAAGCAAUCUCGCGCAUGAAUUACCUGCACAAUCCUUAUAUCAAGGCCGGCAAGAUCUCCAAUGAGGACCUUCUCUACACCCUCAGUGUCUUCAUCACCGAGCCUGUCACUUGGAUCAACAAGUUCGAGUGGCGGACGCUCACCGACUACGAGAUAUGCGCUCUGGGCACGUACUGGAAGAGCAUCGGUGAUGCCAUGGGCAUCGAAUAUAAGGGAUAUCUCAAGCAGGAAGAGUGGAAGGAUGGCCUUGAGUUCUACGAGGACAUCAAGGACUGGGCCCAGCACUACGAGGCCAAGGAGAUGGUCCCCACUGCGACGAACAAGCAGACAGCCGACGAGCUGGUCCCGUUGCUUCUUUACUACAUUCCCCGACCUCUGAUGCCAGUCGCCCGUGAGGCAGUGGGUACUUUGAUGGGAGAGCGUCUGCGGUGGGCGAUGAUAUACCCCGAGCCGUCAAACAUCGCUCAGGCCGCAACAUUUGCAGCAUUCAGUCUACGCCGCUUUGUCCUGCGAUAUCUGACACUGCCACGCUUGGUCGCCGGUCCAGAGUUCAGCAACAAGGAUCCCAAGACUGGUCGGUACAACCACAACAACUACCUGGUACAUCCCUACUACGUGAAGCCGACUUUCAGCAACCGGUGGGGGCCCAUUGCCUGGAUGACCUGGGCCUUGGGAGGCAUCGUCCCUGGUGGGAAGGGUGGAGAGAAAUAUCACCCCGAGGGCUACCGAUUUGAUGAAGUAGGCCCGGAGAAGAGAAGAGGCGUGGGGAGGAAGGAGAUGGAUGGAUUUGAAGAGAAAAUCAAGUCUGUCCGGCACAUGGGAUGUCCAUUCGCUGUCAAGUAG